AUGCGAGCGAAAACAACUUUGGCGCAGCGUCUACCAGCAGACAUGGAAGAUAAGGUUGUCAAAUUCCAUCGGUUUGUGCUGAGGGCCCGGUGACGUCAUAUCUACUACGAGUUAAGCCACACCUUUUUUUUAUUCACCACAAUGCAGGACUAACAUAAGAAAGUUCUCCAUCAGUUUCCAAGGUCCUAAAUUUCUUAACUCUCUUAGUUUUGAAAUUCGAAAUGCAACAAGUGCCGCUUCCUUUUUGCUGUAAGCUGAAAGCGUUCCUCUUAUCAUAAAUAGUAAUUUAUAUAAAUAUAUAUAUAUAUAUAUGUAUGUAUUUAUGUAUUUUUUUCUUCCUUUGCUCUUUUAUUUCCUUUUUGUCAUUUCGAUUUUUUUAGCCUAGAACUAUGAUUAGUACGACUAUCUAAUAUAAUUAUUUUAAGAUUUACUGUAGCUCUACCAUUGAUUUUCCCAUGUGUAAUUAUGAUAAUAUUUUGUUCUAAUUAUCUAACUGAGGGAGCCCAUUCCUUAUAAGCCCGGUGGCUUCUCUUGGGCUUCCUCGCCAUGAGAGUUUAAAUAAUCAAAUUUUAUUUGAUUUGUACAAUUUUUGGCAAACAAAACAAUAAACAAUAAAAAAUAAACAUGGACGAAACUCCCAUGCAGUUUGAACUGCCAGCCACAAGAACCCUCGAAUUCACAGGCAACCGAACAGUGCCGAUUUUGUCGUGUGGUGGAGACAAGCAGAAUUUCACAGUCAUUGCUGCGGGCAUCAGCCGGCAGUAG